UCCCAGUAGUUACAUAACACCACAAAUACCUGCCCAUACAUUCGAUUUAUUUGAAAAAACAACCAUUUCGCCACUAAACCGAACAACAAUAGGACCAUUAGGAGAUGUCAUCGUGCGUGCAAACAAAAGAAGUCGGGAAGAGAUAAAACAACGGAACACGGACAGAGCACUUCAAACUAUCAGAGACCAUUGUGGCCGCUACCUGGUCCCAGUUGCACUUCAACCACCGCACAAAAUGGUUGCAAUUUAUUUCUUACUGUCUUUAAGUAUCGCUUAUGUUUCCGCGGAGCAUACGGGCGCGUACUCAUCACCUCAGUACGCGAAAAAGAUGUAUCCUAAGAAAGGAUAUGACACGAACGAGUUGCUGCCCCGGGAUAAGCCUCCAGUGCUGUUCAAAGAUGAGCCGGAUCAGGGUUCCAUCGCCAGAUUCGACAAUAACAAUGAUACGUCCCUGUACGGGAGGUCAUCAUUUCUGGACGCAGCGGGGAGUUUCCUCAGUGGAACAGGAGGGCAGGUGGUGACCAGUAUAGCAAGGGACUUCAUCGCUCGGUCCACAGGCAGCAGUCAGGUACUAAGUCUAAACUUGACAAACCUAGUGAUCCUGAUAGUGCUGAAGGCGUUGAUCCUGGCGGCUGGUUUCUUCGGCGCAGGCGCAUGGAAAGGCGGACACUACUACGGAAGGAGUCUCGACGACAACAAAAACGUGACCUACAUAAGCGAAGACGAGAUCCUGCUGUACCUGAGCUACUUGGCUGGUCAACAGAAGAAAGACUACGGCUGUCUGUACCUGCUGUCGUGUCAACGACCUCAGCAGGCCAGCAUGUAUUCUUCUGGAGCUGAACUGCUGCUGCAAGGCACCAGGAUGUUGCAAGGAGACAGCGUGGACUUGGAGCCGUAUGCAGAAAUAGCGAUGGGCAUCAAGCAAGCAGCCGAAUGGGGCGAAGGAGGCAUGAACUGCGACACUCGGUACAAGUGCGGAGAGUAACAAGGCUGAAACUAAAUUAUUUAAAUACUAUUUUUAAUCAUAUAUUGAUAGUAGAAUAAUCUCUUGAGCUUAAAACAGUUAUUGUUGUAGAAAUAAAUAUCAAUACGUUUCAAACAAAAUACUAUAAAUAAGUGUAUAAAAAAUAUUUACGAGGUUGUAAUUUGAAGUAAUAUACUAGGUUUCUUAUACUGGCCAAACUUACAACCUACAAAACAGUUAUUUUUUGUAGAAUUAAAUAGCAGUACAAUUCAAAUAAAAAGCUACAAUUAAGAGCAUAAAUCAUAUUUAAUAAGUU